CAUUUCCUUUACGAACGUGUAGAUCCGUUAAAACAUAUUGAACUCUGGGAAAAUAGAUAAAAGCCUCACCAUUUUCUUCUAGCUGCCACUUUGACUAAUCGUGUCAUACAUUGAAGAACCGUAUUUCCUUUUCAUUGAUGUUUUCGUGGUUACGUAAAAUCGUCAGAGUAUGAGUCUGCUCUGCCAGAUCCAGACUAUAGCCAAGCACUAGGAGAUACUUUUCUAGUAUGACCAGACUCGCACUACUGAAACACGCAUGUAACAGCUCCUUCCAGGAUAAAAGCGAUCGGAAACAGACAAAUCUGUGCUCGUUCAAUUGAUUUCCGCUACUUUCUUGGUAGCAGUGUUCAUGACUUGGGCGCGCCCUUAGACCUGUCAUCAGCGCCACACUGUGGACUGAAUAGUAGUGACGACCACCAUAACGCUGGACGAGGGAGGUUGGAAAGGCCCCCCUCACCCCCACCCACAUCAACACACGGGACCCGGGGGGCCAGCGGUACCUUCGGGGGUUCCAGGACCCCCACAUAGCGUUCCAGCUCAUUCUGUACAUCCAGGUGGUCCAGCAUAUGGACACCUACCCUAUCAAACCGCUGUAACUGGACCAAAUAAUCCAGUUCCACACCCUGGCCCUCUGUGCCCCACGGUAUCCAUGCCGGGACCAAUGCCUCCACAUCAUCCUGGAUCUGGGGUUGUUCCUCACCCCCCUGGCAUGCCUACUCACAACAUUCCUCAUCCUAUGCCCGAUGGAAGACCUUUAGAUCAUGGGCGACACACUCCAUAUUUUGGACAGCCAGAUUAUAGAAUAUAUGAAAUGAAUAAGAGACUACAACUACGAACUGAAGAUAGUGACAAUCUGUGGUGGGAUACGUUUGCCACAGAAUUCUUUGAAGAUGAUGCAACGCUAACACUGACUUUCUGUUUGGAAGAUGGACCAAAGCGGUACACAAUAGGCCGUACUCUCAUUCCUCGCUACUUCAGAAGUAUAUUUGAAGGUGGAGUAACAGACUUGUACUUUCAUCUGAAGCAUCCCAAGGAAUCCUUCCACAACACAACCAUCUCUCUAGACUGUGAUCAGUGCUUUAUGAUCACCCAUCAUGGGAAGCCUGUGUAUAAUAAAGGUCUAGUUGGUGGCCAGUACCCUAACGAUCCCAUGAAAGAACAGUAUGCUAAAGAUAAUGCUAUUGUGGUUUGUACAGAAGGAAGAUUGAUUCUGGAAUUUACUUUUGAUGACCUGAUGAGGAUAAAGUCGUGGCAUUUUGCGACCCGAGCACACAGAGAACUGGUCCCACGUAGCGUUGUUGCCUUGCAGACUCAGCAACAAGAUCCAUCUAUAAUAGAACAAUUGUCGAAAAACAUCACUAGACAAGGGUUAACAAACUCAACCCUAAACUACCUGAGGCUGUGCGUUAUCCUAGAACCCAUGCAAGAGCUUAUGUCUCGCCAUAGAGCUUUUGGCCUUAGUCCUAGAGAUUGUCUAAAAACUACACUGUUCCAGAAAUGGCAGAGGAUGGUGGCGCCUCCUGGUUCCAACUACCGCGGCCAUCCAAAUGACCUAAAAUCACCUCCGGACAUAGAAACUCAGCGACCUCCCAGUAAACGACGCAAAAGGAAGUCUUCAAUAGCAGGUGGUGGAACUGUAAAGAAAAAAAAUACAACCUCUCCUGGACCUGCUAACUUUUCUCUUGCUUCUCAGGAUGUUAUGGUUGUUGGAGAACCAUCUCUAAUGGGUGGAGAAUUUGGAGAUGAAGAUGAGCGACUGAUUACUCGUCUAGAAAACACGCAAUACGAUGCUUCAACAGCCGCAGCCAAUGGGCUGGAAGAUGGUGAGGACUACUCCAAUAACCCAAUGACCUCUGUUUCAAGCUCAAAUACUUCUGCCAUGCCAACCUGGUCAGGGCCACACACGGGUGCUGCAGGGCAAGAUCGAACUUCCACAUCAUCAGGCAGUGGAGGAUCAACCACUAAUGGACCCCAGUCAUCUAAACCGAAUGACAAGAAGUCAUCUCCAUCCAUAAAUCAUUAACUUUUCCAGAAAUUGUGGUAGCUGGUCAGACAUUAUCCCAAGGUUAUAUCUGUAUGGAGUUAUAUGACUAACAAGUUUGGCUGGCAGAGGUUUUUUUUUUUUCCUUCCCUGUAAUGACUAACCACUACCACGAUACUUGAGACAACCUGUAAACAAAAGCAGUAUACAGGAGUUUGUGUAUCAUGUGUUGCCAUUGUCUGGAGAACUAAAGAGCCAGUGCUAAGAGUAAAGAAUUUUAGUUUUUAGUAUGUUGCAAAGUUUGUGAGGUGUAAGCCAAGGAGAUCUAAAAUACAGUUAUUCAUUUUUGAAAGAAAAGCCCUUAAACCAAAUCCAGUUAUUUUUAUUUUAUUUUGUAGACACAAAUGUUGUUAAACUACAGGUCUCAAAACUAACUAGUGAACUAGGAAAUUGCUGGUUAGCAUUAUAGUUCUUGUAGUAAAACUUGGAAGGUACUAGAAAAAAUUGCUUAUACACAUUUCAGAAGGAAGAUGUAUUUGAUGCUAGUAUAAAGAGAAAAUGAUAGGAGAUAGAUUUCCUGCCAUUUAAAACUUGCAUUAGUAUCCUUCCCAUUUAUAAUUGUCUUUUUUCUAAGUCUAUACAUAUAGAAUAUCUUAGAAGUCAGUCAAUAUAGGAAAUGCAAGGUAUUAAUGACUAAUUAAAAUAAGCUGAAAAUAACUUUUUAAAAAGAAAGAAGAAAAAAGUCCUUUCCUUAUUUAUAUAUAUGUUUAACUCUUCACAACUUGAACAACAAAAACAGACUGGAAUUUUGGAACCUUGACCAACAUGGUACCUGAAUUUUUGAGUAAUAAACAGGAAGUUGGUAUCUUGACCAGUACUGCCUUUUGAAAGUUAUGAUAGGAGCCAAGUCUACUUGUUACAUGAUUAGUCUAUAUCAUAAAUGCUUAGAUUUGUGGAGUUCCAUGUAAGUAAAUAUCAACUGAGUUUUUUUUGAACAGUGUUAGUAGAAUUUGUGUUUUCUAACAGUUAUUUUCCAGAAUGUUGGCUUUCUGUAAAAUUUUAUAAUGUAUCUUGUAUAGCUCUGUAGCUUCUAGUAUCACUUUAAGUGUUAGUGUUAAUGUAAAGAGCAUUAACCCAUUGACUGCGGCUGCUCCAAACUUGUGUGGAACUUUUGCAAGCUGUACACACUAUACGGCACACUUGCAUUCAACUGCAGGAAGCAGACUGUAACCUGCACGGUGAAUUGGCAGUCGGUGGGUUAAACAGCAUUAAACUUGUAGCAAAAACUUCCUGAUGUGUAGUUUUACUAACGCAAACAGUUAAAAGUUGCUCAAUCCUCAACUUAAGCCCAAUGAGAACUAUUUCUACACUAUUUGAAAAUUAGUCUGUAAGAAACGUGUAUAUUCCAGAUAAUGUACUUGUGCUUCAGUGUUUUUCUUAACGUUUAUUUAUUGUCCUGGGAUAUUUUGAUUCUCUAUUCCAGUCAUUAAUAAACUGUGUAGUGUUAUCUUAUUAAAAUAAUUUAGACAUUAAAUAAUGAAUUUUUUUUUUUAAUUUAAUUGUGAAUUCACAUCAUUUGCAUUUUAAGUUACUCUUCAUGUUCAUCUCGGGAGAACAUACUCGUUAUUUCUUAUAACAACUACUAAGUAAAGGACCAAGUCUACAGGUACUCUCUCUUCUUCUUCUUCUCUCUCUGAAUAAACAUAAAUAAAAUUAAUCUGUAAUCAACAGUCCUUCAUAAACAAGGUAAAUUAUUCUCUCUUCUUCUUCUUCUUCUUCUCUCUCUGAAUAAACAUAAAUAAAAUUAAUCUGUAAUCAAGAGUCCUUCAUAAACAAGGUAAAUUUAUUACAGUUUAACAUUGGCUCUUUUGAAUCGUAUUUACCCCUUUUCCUCAGAAACUGGAAAUUUGUUAUUUAAAUCGGACGGCAUUUUUGGAGAACAAAGUUGUAUUGAUUUAAGACAUUUGAUUUCAACAAGUAUUUUCAAAGAUACUUAAAUCUAAUGUAUUGUAUUUUGGAAGGUAAAUUAAAACGGGAAGACUAACAAUAUUUAAUGUCCACUUAGUUUAUAUUUUAAAAACGGUACAGUAGAACCUCUAUUUUUGGGCACUGCCCCAUUAAGGGCAAACCUUUUCAGUCUUUCUUUCUUUUCUACUAUCUGUAACCAAAAUAAGUCUUGCAAUAACGGGUACCUUGAUAUCCAGAUUAAGGGUAGUGUCUUUAGUCUCGUUCUCUGUACGGGCACUCGAUAAAGCAGGCACUUAUCUUUGUAUGCCUGUUUGGUAUACCACUAAAUUCCAAACAUUCCCAUAAGAAUGACCAAUGUUCAAACACUUGCGAUGUUUACUGGACUGGCUCCAAACCAUACACUGUAAUAAACGUUUUCACAGAUCCAAAGUGAAUCUUAUUACUUUGGGGAACUGUCAGUGUUUAGCUGUUCAAAUUCUGAAGAGACUUACUUAAAGAAAAAAAACUAAUCCACCCCCUGUUGACAACACUCCAUGUCGUGGCAAUGUGCAACUCUCAAACACCACCAGUGUCCUGCAAAAUUUUGUAUGGUUAAUAUGGAAUCCAGCUUUGGGUGUCUCAUUUUUGAUAUGGAGGACAUUUAGAUGCAGUCAGAAGGGUGCCCUUAAUGUUGAGGUUCCACUGUAUUUUAUUUCACUUUCAGAGUUAUCUCUUUAAGUAGUACUUAAAUUGUAUCAUAUAAAUUGGUUAGCAUAUUUAUUUCACUUUGAAAGGUGCAGUUUUGUGAAUAAUAUCCUACAUUCAAACAGUAGUUGUUAGUUUUCAAGUGUAGAAAGAAAAUUAAUUCAAUCUAUGAAGUGUUACCACGUUGAGUUGCUUUUGGUUAAACGAGGGGGGUUUAAACUUAAUUGUUUCCAUAUUUAGAUAUUGUUUAAAUUGGUGAUAUAUCUGAUAGGUACAUUUCCACAUGUAUAGAUUAUGGAUCAACUUUUUGUCACGUUUUUUUUGCUUUCGUGCAUAAAACUGCUUGUCGUACUGUUUUCCUUUCACUGUAGAAUUGGUCAAAUAAACAAUAUAAUUGCUAGUUUC